UGACCAUACCAUUUCCAUGGAGGCCAGAAUGAAUUCUCCAGCCAUGGCAGCAUCUCAGUACUGCAAGAACAUUUAUGUACGUGUUUCUUUUCAUGUAACAUUAACACUCUUGCUUUUUGUAAUACACCAUGCAGCUUCAUUAGAGUUCAACUAUCAGCAACUUGGUGACCAUGGAGACUUCUUCAAUACUUCGGGAGAUGUUAAACCUCAAGAAGGAGUGCUCAAACUCACCAACAAUGAAACAUUCAGUUAUGGUAGAGUCAUAUAUCACAAACUAUUGAAUCUUUGGGACAAAAACUCAGGGAAAGUCACGGAUUUCACUACCCGUUUCUCCUUUAGAAUCAACGCCGCAAAUCAAACCCUAGCAGAUGGCAUCGCCUUCUUUCUGGCACACCCAAACCUUCCAGAGUCCCAAAGAGAUGGAGCUGGUUUUGGUCUUGCCAGCCGUGAUCAACUGAGUACUCUAAACUACCCAAAGGACUUUCCUUUUGUAGCAGUGGAAUUUGAUACCUAUGUUAAUGGAUGGGAUCCUAAUUAUCCCCAUGUGGGUAUCGAUGUUAAUUUAAUCGCCAGUUCUGACACUGCACAGUGGUUCACCGGCUUGGAUGAGAGAGGAUAUGAUGCUGAUAUUAGUUUCGAUUCCAGUUCAAACAAAUUGAGCGUCACCUUCAGUGGGUAUAAAGAUGGCGUCGUAGUUAAAGGGAACCUAUCCUCUGUGGUCAAUCUGAAAGAUGUCUUACCUGAAUGGGUUGAAUUUGGGUUUUCUGCAGCAACAGGGAUUUAUUUCAACGAAUAUGCUCUUAGCUCGUGGUCCUUCAACUCUAGUUUAGACACGGAACCACAAAAGGGUGGAAGCAAAAGAAGGCUGGUCAUAGGGCUGAGCCUUGGACUUGGUGCAGCUAUUUUAAUUGUUAUUGUGGGGGUAACUUUUCUUGUGAGAUGGAUGCUGAGGACUACAGGUAUGGAAGAUACCUCACUUUUUGACCAUGCCAUGGACCAUGAUUUCGAAAAAGUCUCUCUACCCAAGAGGUUUUCCUAUGAAGAACUAGCCACAGCAACUAAUAACUUCGCAACAGAAAACAAAAUAGGACAGGGAGGUUUUGGAGCCGUCUACAUGGGAUUUAUGAGAGAGUUGAAUACCUAUGUUGCUAUCAAGAAGGUAUCUCGAGGAUCUAGACAAGGGGUGAAAGAGUAUAUGUCUGAAGUAAAGAUCUUUGGUCAACUGAGGCAUAAGAAUUUGGUUCAACUCUUUGGGUGGUGCCAUCAGCAUGAGGACCUGCUGCUGAUUUAUGAGUUCAUGGAAAAUGGAAGCUUGGAUUCUUAUCUGUUCAAGGGAAAAGGCCUGCUGACAUGGAAGGUGAGAUAUAAUAUUGCGAGAGGGUUGGCAUCAGCAUUGUUAUACCUGCAUGAAGAGUGGGAAGAAUGUGUGCUUCACAGAGACAUAAAAUCCAGCAAUGUUAUGUUGGAUUCUAAUUUUAACACAAAGCUUGGAGAUUUUGGGUUAGCCAGACUAAUGGAUCAUGGGACAGAAUCUAAAACAACUGGUUUAGCAGGAACAAUCGGGUAUUUGCCUCCUGAAGCAACCACAAGAGGCAAGGCUAGUAGGGAAUCUGAUGUAUUCAGUUUUGGAGUAGUGGCUUUGGAGAUAGCAUGUGGUAGAAAAGCAAUUGAAUCUAAUAUGAAGGAAGAAGAGAUAUAUUUGGUGGAUUGGGUUUGGAAACUCCAUGGCAUGGGUGAUGUGCUUAAAGCUUCUGAUCCAAGCUUAUAUGGACACUUUGAUGAGAAGGAAAUGGAGAUUUUAGUGAAAGUUGGGCUUUGGUGCACUCACACAGAUUACCUUCUGAGGCCUACCAUGAGGCAAGCAGUUCAAGUGCUUAGUUUUGAAGUGGCAGUGCCUACACUGACGCCACGGGUGCCAUUCUUUGCCAAUAACACAUCAUUCAGCUCUAUGGACUCUAUCACUCCUGCUUUUGCAAAUAACCAACCUCUCUCUUCACAGUCCGCCACAACUCUUGAACUCGGUUCUCCCGGAGCUGCACAUUUGCAUACUUACUAAGUUUCAUAUUUAUUUCUAUUGCCUUUUUUUCUGCAUGUGUCACAUUCUAUCUUUAGCUUUUCAAUAUUUUCUCGUCAAUUUGUUUUCUUCAUACAAUUUCAAGUUAAAAACUCGCUUUGCCAAUUCGUAGUAUCACAAAGGAUGCUUGAAGUGUUGUUUUAC